AAUAGUUUCUCGUUGCUAAUUGCCAGCAAUUAAACACUGGUGCCUGAUGGAUAUUUACGAGUACAAUAAGAUGGCAUUUGCUGUACUGGAUUCAAUUCUUGCAAUUUUUUCCUCACUGCUGAAAAAUGCAAGCUUUGACGCCGAUCUAAUGGCCAUGGAGAAUCAGGUGAUAAAUCCCAGCUGAAGCUGCGCGAGGCCUCAUAAUGCGCGCCGAUCCCCGGAGCCUCGCCGGCGAGCAUGAUGUCUGCCAACGAGAACUCGCCGCCGGUGGAGGCCGCGGCAGCCACCUCGAUGCCACGUUCGCGGCUGCCCCGGUGGACGCGGCACGAGACGCUGGUCCUGAUCCAGGCUAGGCGCGCCAUGGAGCGGCGCGGCCUGCCGCUGCCGGUGCGGCCGCGGCCCAAGUGGGCGGCGGUGUCGGCCUACUGCCGGCGCCACGGCGUGGAGCGCGGCCCCAUGCAGUGCCGGAAGCGGUGGGGCAACCUGUCCUGGGACCUCAAGAAGAUCGUCGCGUGGGAGGGGAAGGCCGGCGCCGCGCCGACGCAGCUGCACGAGUCGUUCUGGGACAUGCGCGGCGACCAGCGGCGCGCCAGGCAGCUGCCGUCGUCCUUCGACCGCGAGGUGUACGAUGCGCUCCUGUGCGGCACGUCCGCCGCGCUGCCGGACUUCGGCGACGGGGAGCUGGACGGGUUGUGCCGGCAGCCGCCCAUCAUGGUCAUGCCCAUAUCAGCAAGGAAGUACGAGCCACCACCUGCCUCCUCUGAACACGAAUGCUCCGGUCCAGUGACGGAGAGCGACAAGAAGGCCGGCGCGGCGGCGUCAGACAAGAACUCGACGUCGCAGCACGACGGCGGCGGCGGCUUCAAGGACAGCGACGCCACGUUCGUGGCGGAAGCAGAGGGCACCACCACGGCGACGCCGGCGGCGACGGUGAGCAUCGGGAAGCAGGUGAUCGAGGCCCUGGAGCGGGGCAACCGGGCGCUGGCGCAGCAGCUGGAGGCGCAGAAGAGCAGCUGGCGCGCGGACAGGGAGCAGAGGGCGGCGCUCCUCGGCGCGCUGGACAGGCUCGCCGGCGCCGUCGCCAGGAUCGCCGACAAGCUCUGAGGAACGGCAGUCUGAGCUGAUCUCUUCGCCGAGCACCGAGGGAAAUGCAAGUGAAAGGAUUCAGAUGCUAGUACCGAUUAAACUAGGCCAUUGUACAUUUGGCAUAAUUACGAAUUGGCAACUCUUGGAUCUCGAUGAAAUAA